AUGGCUUUCUUUGCACCUCGGGACGAUCGUUCCUCGCCCACCCAGACCAACGCCCAGCGAACCUCACCUAGGCGCAAGAUAAUUGUCGCAAUUACAGGUGCAACGGGCUCUAUUUUUGGAAUCCAGACUCUGAUAACUUUGCGCCGUCUGAAUGUUGAGACUUACUUGGUCAUCAGCAAAUGGGCCGAGGCCACGAUCAAAUAUGAGACUGACUACACCAUUUCCAACAUCCGUGCUCUGGCCGAUCAUGUUUAUAACAGCAAUGACAUGGCUGCACCGAUAGCAAGCGGAUCCUUCCGAGUCGAUGGAAUGGUCGUUGUUCCGUGUAGCGUGAAAACGCUUGCAUCGAUCAACUCAGGCAUCUGUGAUGAUCUCAUAUCUCGGGCAGCGGACGUUGUCUUGAAAGAGCGUCGCAGACUAGUUCUGGCAGUGCGAGAGACACCGCUGAGCACGAUCCACCUGCAAAACAUGCAAUCUGUAACGCAGGCUGGAGCGAUUAUCUUCCCUCCUAUGCCAGCGUUUUAUAUCAAGCCAUCAUCGCUGGAGGACUUGAUUAAUCAUAGUGUGGGCCGAAUGUUGGAUUUAUUCGAUUUAGAUACUGCGGAGUUUGAGAGAUGGGAAGGUUGGAAGAAGAAUUAG